AUGGGUCCUUUUACAUCUUUUGUUAUGGUUAUUAUUUUGUGUGUUCAUUUAAUGAAUGGUCUUGCAAUUGCUGAUGAUCAUAAUGUUGAUGAAAAUGACAAUCAUCCAUAUGUUUCCGAAGAAAGGCUAAAAGCUAAAGGAAACAGGAGAUCUCUAACACUUUUACCUUUAAUAAUUGGUGCACAUGCUUUACAUCGACGUGCGAGGGCCGCUGGUAAAGCUUGGCAUGGUGGUGAAGGAGCAAACACAGGAGUAGGAGGUGGAUUUCAAAGUAGUGGAAACAUUGCUGGCGUAGGAGGAGCAGCAGGCGCAGGAGGUGAAGGUGGCGGUGGUAAAGGUGUAGCUGGCGGCAGUGGUGGUGGUGGAGGUGCAGGUGGCAGUGACGGUGGUAGUGGUGGUGGAGGUGCAGGUGGUGGUGGCAGUGGUGGUAUGGCUGCUGGGGGUGGAUUUCAUUUUGGGUUUAGAGGUGGAAUAAGAGCAGGAUUUGGUGGAAAUAGGGUUGGAAGUGGUAGCACUAAUGUUGGUGGAAGGGCAGGAGGCCAUCUCGAAGGUGUUAGUAGUGGUGCAACUAGUACAAGUGGUAGUCUUAGUAGAGCAAAGAGUAAUGAUGGCAAAGCUAGUGAUUCUAGUAAGAGUGAGGCUAAAGCUGGUUUUGAAGGUAAAAUAGGACCAAACGCAGGAGUAGGAGGCGGAUUUCAGAGUAGUGGAAACAUUGUUGGUGCAGGAGGAGGAGGAGGAAAAGGUGGUGGUGGUGGUGGUGGUGGUGGUAUGGCUGCUGAAGGUAAAGGGGGAGGACAAGGAGAGGUUGGUGGAAGUGGUAGCACUAGUGUUACUGGUAAGGUAGGAGGGCAAGGUGGAGGAUUUGGUAGUGGUAGUAUUGAUGCAAGUGGCACUCAUAGCGGUGAAAAAGAUAGUGAUGGAAAAAUUAGUGCUACUAGUAAGGGUGAAGCUAAAGAUGGGUCUGAAGGUAAAGUAGGAGGGCACGAAAGCGGUAGUCGUGGUAUAACUGGUGGGGGUGGUUUUAAGUUUGGGUUUAGAGGCGGAAUGAGAACAGGCUUUGGUAGAAAUAGUGGUGGAAGUGGUGGCACUAAUGUUGGUGGAGGGGCUACAAGCCAUGCCGAAGGUGUUGGUAGUGCUGCAACUAGUGCAAGUGGUACUCUUAGCGCAGCAAAGAGUAGUGAUGAAAAAGCUAGUGACACUAGUAAGAGCGAGGCUAAAGUUGGUUUUGAAGGUAAAGUAAGAGGACAAGGAAAGGUUGGUGGAAAUAGUGGUGGAAGUGGUAGCACUAGUGUUGCUAGUAAUGUAGGAGGGCAAGGUGGAGGUGUUGGCAGUGGUAGUAUUGAUGCAAGUGGUACUCAUAACGAUGAAAAAGAUAAUGAUGGAAAAACUAGUACUACUAGUAAGGGUGAAGCUAAAGAUGGGUUUAAAGAUAAAGUAGGAGGGCAAGGAGGUGUCGAUGGUGGUUUUAAGUUUGGGGUUAAAGGCGGAAUAAGUGCAGGCUUUGGUGGAAAUAGUGGUAAAAGUAGUGGCACUAAUGUUGGUGGAGGGGCUGGAGGUCUAGCCGAAAGUGUUGGUAGUGGUGCAACUAGUACAAGUAGUGAUCUUAACCGAGCAAAGAGUAGUGAUAACAAAUCUAGUGAUACUAGUAAGAGUGAGGCUAAAACAGGUUUUGAAGGUAAAGUAGGAAGACAAGGAGAGGUUGGUGGAAACAGUGGUGGAAGUGGUAGCACUAGUGUGGCUGGUAAGGUAGGAGGGCAAAGUGGAGGUGUUGGCAGUGGUAGUUCUGAUGCAAGUGGUACUCGUACCGGUGAAAAAGGCAGUGAUGGAAAAGCUAGUUUCACUAGUAAGGAUGAAGCUAAAAAUGGGUUUGAAGGUAGAAUAGGAGGACAAGGAGGUGCAGGCGGUGGUGGUGGAAGUGGCAGCACUAGUGUUACCAGUGGAGGUGUUGGAAGUGGUACUACCGGUGCAAAUGGAAAAUUUAGUCAUAGUGGCAAAUUUAGUGCUUUUCAUAAUAGUGAAACUAAAUCAUCUCGUAAGAGUGAACACAAAGCUACUUUUGAAGGAAAUUUUGGAGGAAAAGGAAAUGUUGAUGGAAAUAAUGAUGGAAGUGGCAGGUCUAGUGCUUUUGCUGGGGUAAAAGGAAAAGGUAGAGGGGAUGCCAGUGUUAAUGCAUAUGUAAAUGGUGCUCAUAGUAGCACAAAAAUUAGUGAUGGCAAAGCUAGUACUAAUAGUAAAGAUAAUGUUAAAGCUAAAGCCAAAGAUAAUGUUGAAGCUGAAGCUAAUGCCGAAGCUAAAGCUAAAGCCGAAGCUAAUGCUAAAGCUAAUGCUGAAGCUAAAGCUAAGGCUGAAGCCGAAGCUAAAGCUGAAGCUAAAGCUAAGGCUGAAGCCGAAGCUAAAGCUAAAGCAGAAGCCGAAGCUAAAGCUAAGGCUGAAGCCGAAGCUAAAGUAGAAGCUAAAGCUAAAGCUGCGGCUGAAGUCGAAGCUAAAGUUGAAGCUAAAGCUAAAACUAAGGCUGAAACCGAGGCUAAAGCUGAAGCUGAAGCUAAAGCCGAAGCUAAAGUUAGAGUAGGAGGACAUGGAAAUGCAAGUGGAAAUAAUGGUAAAAGCGGUAGCAAUAAUGUUAAUGGAAAAGUUAGUGCUUCUAGUGAGGCUGAAGCCAAAGCUGAAGUUAAUGCUCAAGCUAAAGGUAAAAUAGAAGGACAAGGAAAUGCUAGUGGAGAUGGUGGUGGAAGUGGUAGCAGUAGUGUUGAUGGUGGGGCCGAAGGAUAUGGUAGAGGCAGUGGUGGUGGUUACAUGCAUUUUGGCGGCGGUGGUGGUGGUCACAUGCGUUUUGCUGGUGGUGGUGGUGGAAGUGGUAGCAGUAGUGUUGAUGGUGGGGCUAAAGGGCAUGGUGGAGGUGGUGGUGCUGGUCACAUGCAGUUUGGUGGUGGUGGUGGUGGUCACAUGCAUUUUGGUGGUGGUGGAAGUGGUAGCAGUAAUGUUGAUGGUGGGGCUAAAGGGCAUGGUGGAGGUGGUGGUGGUGGUCACAUGCAGUUUGGUGGUGGUGGUGGUGGUCACAUGCAUUUUGGUGGUGGUGGCGGUGGAAGUGGUAGCAGUAGUGUUGAUGGUGGGGCUAAAAUGCAAGGUAGAGGUGGUGGUCAAAUGCAUUUUGCUGGUGGUGGCGGUUUUAAAUUUGGUUUUGGAGGAAAAGUAGGAGGAGGAAGGGGGUUUGGUGGGGGCCACUAA